UCGUCCGCGGCUGCCGCUGUGGUAGCCGUGGUAGUGGUGGUGGCGGCGCUGGGGCUGGGGCUGGAGCUGCCCAGAAAUAGCAGCAGCUGGUUUCCGCUCCCUGGUUGGCUAAGAGAGAAAGACAGAGACAGAGAGAGAGAGAGAGAGAGGGAGAGAGAGAGGGAGAGAGAAAGCCCAAGCAGUAGAGAGGAGCCGGGGGCGGCGGCGGCGGCGUUGUCUGCGCGGGACACCCGGGGAUUCCUCCCGGAGAAUGCAAGCCCCCUGCCCUGUCCCAGCCCCAAGCAGAUGAUGGCGAUACGGGAGCUGAAAGUGUGUCUUCUCGGGGAUACUGGGGUUGGAAAGUCAAGCAUUGUUUGCCAAUUUGUGCAGGAUCACUUUGACCAUAACAUCAGUCCUACAAUUGGUGCUUCUUUCAUGACUAAAACUGUGCCUUGUGGAAAUGAACUUCAUAAGUUCCUCAUCUGGGAUACAGCUGGUCAGGAACGUUUCCAUUCAUUGGCACCCAUGUACUAUCGGGGAUCUGCAGCAGCUGUUAUAGUAUAUGAUAUCACUAAACAGGAUUCUUUUAAUACCUUGAAGAAAUGGGUGAAAGAAUUAAAAGAACAUGGUCCAGAAAACAUUGUAAUGGCCAUCGCUGGAAACAAAUGUGAUCUCUCAGAUAUUAGGGAGGUUCCUAUGAAGGAUGCUAAAGAAUAUGCUGAAUCCAUAGGUGCAGUUGUAGUCGAAACCAGCGCAAAAUGUGCUAUUAAUAUUGAGGAACUCUUUCAAGGAAUCAGUCGUCAAAUCCCACCCUUGGAUCCUCAUGAAAAUGGGAAUAACGGAGCAAUCAAGCUUGGCAAGCAGACACCACAAGCAAGCAGGAGAUGUUGCUGACCCCAUGGGAUAUCAUCUGAUGUACUUGAAGAACUCAAAUCCCAUUUUCUUGUGCACUGACUGAAGGACUUCCCACUCUUGGUGACUUGGUGCCUUGCUUAAAAAAAAACAAACCCAGUUCUGCAUUAUGAGAAAUAUGCAGGCAUCACAGUCAGAAAGGAUUUAGCAGAAAUUUAUAUUGAUGGAUUGGAUUAUACCAAAUUCAUCUUGUCCCCCUCUCCUCCCUUUCUCUCUCAUUCUUCUUAGAACAGUGGUUUUCACUGAGUGGGUGAAGGAAGGGAGUGGGUGGAUGACAAGUAUAUAAUGAGUUCUCUGUUAAACCCUCCCAAUACUCAAGUUUUAUAAGAAAGAGGAUGUAUUUUUGUUGGCUCAGUUUGCGUGGGGGAUUCUGGGGUAAAUCGUUCUUCUCUGACUUCCCAGUUGGUCUGGUCUCACUGCUGGAGUUUUUUCAGUAUCACUGCCUUUGUGGAUGACCUAAUCAGGCACAUGUAAAAGUUAGCUAAUGAGGCGAUAACUUUUUAAAUGGUUUUAGAACUGAGCCUGUUUUUUUUUUUUUUUAUUUUAAAUUUUAGAUUUGUACUAAAAAAUUUCUUUUAAAGAAAAAAAUAGAAUUUAGUCCGUACUUCCCACAUUUUCUAUAGAGAACAAGAAGAGUAUUGUCCAACUACCCCCAAACUACAGAUUUGCACAAUUUGCUGAAAAAGAGGAAGAGGAAAUAUUUAUUUGAAAGAAAGAAAGAGAAGCAAAGGAGAUGGAAGAAACAAAAGAUGGAAGAGAAAUUGUUUUUUAGAUCCCUGCUUUUUUUCCCCUCAGUGUUUAGCAUUAUACACAUUUUGAGUUUCAGGUACAUAUAGUGUGACAAAAUUGAGAAAACUGCUACAAAUGACUUGGAGAUUCAGCAGGCCUAGUUUCUGAAAACAACAACAAAAUAAAAAAGGUAUUUCCAUGUAAGAAUACAUAUGAACAGAGAGUAAGAAAAGAACAGAGACAUUUUUAAAAGAGGUACUACCUACUGCAUAUUGUUUUGAUGGACAGGGAGCUCAAAGCACAGAGUAUUUCCUUGCUAAUUGAAUCUGUCAUAGUUUCUUAAUCAAGUUGAGAAUUAAAGUUAAAAAAAAAAACAAACAAACAACUGCAGACCAAACCAUUGGGCAAAUUUCUGAUGAAGGAAGAAUAGUUGAGCAAUUAGCCAGAGUGAGUGGCAGAUGCUUUAGGCUUUUAGACACUUUAAAACUAUUAGACCAAAAAAAGCAUUAAAAAAAUAAAAAGAUAUUCUGCAGAUUCCUCCAUAUUCUGUCAAUGCAGCACUUCAUCAUGUCUGCACAAAGAAUGGGCCUUGGUAUGGCCUUCCUGACCCUGAUUCUUUUCCUUCUUCUGUGACAUAGAAGGAUUUGAAUAUCCUUUUUGUUUGUUAAGUUUUGAAAAGAGUACUUGGAUGUAGUGAAGAGAAAAAUUGAAGGCUAAGAUGGAUAAGGAAAAAAGUGUAGUUUUUCCCUAAGUCCAAAUACUUCUAACAUUCCAACUUUUUAGCAAUCUAGGAUUGAAUACUUCUUACCAACCUUCAAAUUGGGACAGAAAUUUUAAUACCUCUCAGAUGUAGGUAGGGAAUAAGAGAUUACGAUAGAUGGGACCUUAGAGAUCAAUGAGAUCUUUUUUUUUUUUUUUUUU